AUGUGCUCCAUGAUAGUCAAAUACCUCGCCAACCCCGCUGCCAGCGACAAUGAACCCACCUGGGGCAUGCUUCUAUACGACCACCUCUCCGCGCCCUCCACCCUCGCGCCAGAAAUGAACCUGCAAGACCUGUACAUCUGGGUCACACGCGUCGGUCUUCCAAACGCCAUCAUCGACAACCGCCGCUUCCUACUCCACUACUACCUAUCCGAGCCAUCCGCCUCCGCCUCCCUCCCCGUGCGCUACGACAACCAAGAACCCCUCGCAGCAUACACUCCCGUCGCCGCUCUGCCAAUGACCGCCCGCCCUGAGCGCAACCAUCAAAUUUUCCGCGCCUACCCGACGCCCAACGGCGCGCGGUUCGUGCAGUGGCUAGCCACCCCGAUUCUGGGACCGGAAGGACGUUAUGGACGGCUUGAGAUGCCGGAGCAGAUGGAGCAUCGUGUCAGUAUGCUGGAUGGGUAUUUGAAUGAGGAUGAGACGGUGGGCGAUGCUCAAGAGGACGGUGGGGGUGCUUGGAUUGCUUUGGGAGGUAUGGAGGAGGAAUAG